AUGGCCACUUCCAGGCAAUGUCUCGCUCAAUUGAGCAGACUAUGUUUAUCCUCACCUCCUCCUGGAACAAGAUUCGGACCUGCAAGGCUCCUGAGCACGACAGCAGCAUGUGCUUCCCGCGGGAGUUUUGUGCCCAAGAUCCUGUCGAAGAAGGAGAAAGCUGGCACUGUAUCCAAGAGCCAGAAUCCGCAGAAGAAUAAAAAGAAAGAUGCUCCGCAGAAGAAGAGGAAGGCGAGGACCGCGUAUAAGACGUAUGAUUUGAAGGAUGCGGAGAUGUUUAGCCUUUGUGAUGCAAUGAGGUAUAUCAGGGCCUUCGAAGUUGGAAGGUCACCCACGAGUGUCAAGUACGAAAUGGCCAUCAAACUCCGAUCACAAAAGAACGGCCCCGUCGUCAGAAACCGAUUACGGCUCCCCCAUCCCGUUCGAACAGACAUCCGUAUCUGUGUCAUCUGCCCCCCGGAUUCGAAAUACGCCGAGCAAGCACGCGCAGCAGGCGCCUCGUUGGUAGGAGAAGAAGACAUCUUUGAAGCCGUGAAAGACGGACGGAUCGAAUUCGACCGCUGUAUCUGCCAGACAGACUCCCUGGACAAGAUGAACAAAGCCGGACUCGGCAGGAUUCUUGGUCCGCGAGGGUUGAUGCCGAGUACGAAGCUGGGGACGGUGGUAAAGGAUCCGGCGGCUGUGUUAAAGGAUAUGGUUGGGGGCGCCGAGUAUAGGGAGAGGUUGGGGGUCGUGAGGAUGGCGAUUGGACAGUUGGGGUUUACACCUGAGGAAAUGCAGAGAAACGUUAGGGCAUUCAUUGAGGCGGUGAAGAAGGACAUGGCGCAUUUGAGCGAUCGGAUUAAUAAGGAGUUGAGUGAGGUGGUGUUGAGCUCUACGAAUGCACCGGGGUUUCCGCUGAAUGGUGAGUUUAUUUCGGCGGAUUCGAAGAUCACGACGAGAGAGCUGUCCACGUCGUAG